ACAUUUCUUCUUCCCCUCCCUCCUUCCCUCGCUUCGAUUUCGUUUCCAUUGUUCAUUCUUUUCGAAUCUCGAUCGUAAUAUCUACAGCAAACAUCAUCCAUGGGGAAACAACACCAGACCCCGAAUCCAGACAAAUCUGGAGCCGCCACGGAUCCGGCAUGGGAAUGCGAAGGCAAAGGAGCUUGUGAAUUGAAAGCCAAUAAACGUUUUGCAGAUAAGAUUAUGCCUCAUCUUCUCAACAUGUACGGGUCUUGCGCUAAAGCCAACGAUUUUAAAAUGUAUGCACCAAAUGCUUCCUUUGAAGACCCUUUGACACAUGCUCAGGGAGUGAAGCAAAUCAAGUCAGCAUUUUACUCACUAUCUAAGGUUUUUGGUGAAUCGAAGAUUGUUGAAUACCAUAUUCAAGAAAGUGAAAUUGCGCCGGGGAAGAAAGAGAUAUUAAUUGACAACAAACAACAUUACAAGAUCAUGGGAAAGAACAUCGAUAUGAUCUCUCUCAUUAAACUCUAUGUCGAGAACGGGAAGAUUGUGCGACAUGAAGACUGGUGGGACAAGAAACCUCUGAGGAACAGAGAGACGGUUGGGUUUCCGUUAGUAGGAAGGGUAAUGGAGAUGGGUCGAAGAGGCUUGAUGCUAGCGACGCAUGCCAUGAUGGGUUUUGGUAAAGAUCCUGACUCACACUAAACAAAGGGAAAUACACACACACAUCAUAUUGUAGUGCCUAGAUUCUUCAAAUCUGAGGAACUCGUUCAAUCAGUUUGGUUUUUUUUUUUAAAUACAAUGUAACAUGUUAAUAAUGGUUUGGUCUUUGGUGGAUAUUAGUCUGGUAUGAUGGUCAAAUAACGAAUUUUGUUGAAUGGGGAAGUAUUUGUAAUUGAACCAAACUGAAAUUGGUUUUUGUUUUCUCCUAAAUCAAAAAAAAUAAAAAUAAAAACCGACGUGGGGCCGAAUCGAAGAGAACCUUCCUCAAA